AAUUAUUAUCAUUUUCGGUUGGGUUUCUUGGCUUUUCUUGGGCGUCAUGCGAAUGCCCUAAAUUUUCAACGGCGCACGGUUGCUCCGCAGCACGCAUUGAUGAAAUGGCCGCCGACCUCCUCCCUCUCUCCUCUCCGCGGCGGGUGCUGCUCCAAGCCCGUCUCUAUCUCUAUCGACGCUCCCUCUCUACCAACUUAGCCUCGCCUCCUGACGACUCACCGACGAAGGACGAAGAAGAAAUCAAAGAGGGGCGGGGAGUGGAGAAGGGGAGAUGGCUCGCGCUGCCCCCGUUCGCCGCUCCUCCCGUCGACCCCUCUUCCCUCGCCAAGAAGAUGAUGUUCUGUGGGGGCGGAUACCCCGCCGGAUGCAGCGGCGAUGACUACACUACGACGGCUCUCAAGUGGGUUCGGCGCUGCUGCCCCGACCUGCCUGCAACCCUCGUGCACAAGCUCUUCCGGCUCAGGCAGGAGGUUAUGUGUAUUCAUCGGCACGUAAGUGUGCCACGUGUCGGCGCGGAAGCAUACCUAUGCAGUACAGUGCCAGGCAGACAACAGCAUGCUCCUGUGCCACGUCACUUUAAUUCUUGCUUUCACGAGAGUUGGCAUCAUAAGGUUCGGAAGAAUGUGGCAAGUUCCACUAUUUCUUAUAUGGAUUCCCAUGCUGAGAAGAUGCAGUCAAAAAGAGUUUCAGCAAAAAAUGCAAUGAUGCCUGGAGAUGUGAUCCUUUUACCUGCUACUGUUCAAAAGUCUAUUGUUGGGAAGUUCGAUGAUGCUAGUGGUGAAGAUGACAUGAAAUACAUGCGCAGCAUUGAAUUGUACCGGGACACAACCAUCAUCGUUCUCAAUAAACCCCCAAGCAUGCCUGUGCAAGGUGGCAUUGGCAUUAAAUACAGCAUUGAUGCUUUAGCUUCCAUUUCGUUGAAAUAUGAAUAUGCGGAGUCACCUCGCUUGGUAAGUCUAAAGCUUGAUAGAGAUAGUAGUGGUGUUCUUGUGCUGGCUAGAAAUCAAUUUUGCGCUUCAAUACUUCAUUCCCUUUUCCGGGAAAAAACUACUGGAGCUUCAUUUAAUGAUAUUAAGAGUGCUAGUAGAGUACUUCAAAGAAAGUAUUUGGCACUUGUUAUUGGAAUUCCAAGACAUAGCAAAGGUCUAAUAUCGGCUCCACUUGCAAAGGUCAUACAAGAAGAUGGCAAAGCCGAGCGAAUAACUAUAGCUGAUGAUAUGAAAUCUGCGUCUGCACAGCAUGCUUUGACGGAGUACAAAGUGAUUGAAUCUUUCCCUCAUGGUUACACAUGGCUAGAACUUUGCCCACUAACUGGAAGGAAGCAUCAGCUCCGAGUCCACUGUGCGGAGGUUCUACGAACACCAAUUGUUGGGGACUACAAAUAUGGGUGGAAGUCACACCGGAGAUGGAAACCUGUGCCUUUUCCGCCAACGAUCGAUGUCGAGAAAUUUCCCAGGAAUAAGCUUCCCUUCGGGCUCAAGUCUGGUGGUGGGAGUAUAGCGGAGAAGCAGCCGUGGUUACAUCUGCAUUGCAAGCAGAUGACUCUGCCGAAUAUAUCCGCUGCUUUGGAGCACCCGCAGUCAUUGAACGAUGAUGACCGCCACUUGUCAAAGCUUGAGAAGCUCAGCUUUGUCGCACCCUUGCCAACGCACAUGCAACAGAGUUGGGAUAUUUUGAGUUCUUGAUCCUGAUUAAAUGGAAGGAUGAAUAUCCAUGCAUGUGUUUUUCCUUUUGCGGCGGCUUUCUUUUCACCACUACUAGCGUAGGGAUGCGGAUCACACAAUGAUUGAUUAUAAUAUAUUUUAGGGUGUGUUUGAGAG